UAAAAACCAAGAAAAGAAAAAAAAAAUGUUUGGAUCAUUGUUUUUGGGUGUCUGUAAAGAUUGAUCGAUUAGACCAUGUUACUACAGAGGUAGCCAGUUUUUUAUUUUUUUAAAAUUUUCUCAAACAAAUUGACUUUUUAUAAGUGAAAUAAUAUUCUGGCUACCUCUGUAGUAACAUGCUAUAAAAUCAAUUCAAAAGAGGUGGAUUUAUUAAAAACCGGUUAGUUAGUUUUUGUCAAGAAGAAACUGGAUGCGGGCGGAACAUUCUUUUCUAGUCUUUAAGUUAAACGUCAGUUUGGCUCUCGAAUUUUUUUAAAAUGGUUGCUUUUAAUCUUAGCAAACUUCUGGCUGAUAAUUUUCCUCCAAGGCAUAUUUUCACAAGUAAAAAUAUAUCUGAAUGUGCUAAAUUUUUGCAGUCCAAGUUUUUAUCACUUUAUGCUGAUUGCACUGUGAAUUUCAACAUUUUCAAAAGUCUGGCUUUUAAUUUAAUAAAAAAAUUUAAUGAGUGUGGAAAAAGAAAAAAGUUCUUUCUUACUAAAUAUAAACAUUUUUUGGAUCAAAAUCAACAAUGCAAAUAUCUCUUAUUAGAAAAAGAUUCUGAAAAAGAGAUUAGAAUACAUGAGGAAGAACUGCUAUUAAUUAGAAAAGGUGAAAAUCUGAUUAAACAGGGUAAUCAACUCAUCAAGCAGGGUGAGCGGAAAAUAAAAGAAGGGGAAUUACUGCUUCGUACUCAUGGAUCCAAUGUAAACAGUGUACCAUGUAGAGUGCCUAAAUCAUCUGCAGUCAAUACAUCUUUUACACCAAAACCUAGAAAGUCUUUUAUUAAGCUUACAAACAGGAUGAAGCGUAAAAGAACAGAUAGUCUUAGAGAACGAGAGGUGAAAGAACUGCAACAUGCUGUCAAAGGGUUUAAAUCUAAUUCUUCUAUGGUUCAAAUUUGUCAUUGCAAGCUCUUUGUUAUUUGAAACUUACAGAUA